AUGAGCUCCAAAAGGUCGCACGAAGUCUCCGGUGACAGGCACAGCAGUCAGACUGACAAGCGCAUCAAGACUCUGAAGACAAAACAUUCGACUAGAAGUUUACCAGUCGAUUCAACUACAAGCCAAAAUGACGCCGCCAAGAAAACCCAAUCAACAUCCCAUCUCUCAAGCCUAAAACAACUCAUCCGGGAGGUCAAGAAGGACACCGAUCUACUUGAAGCCGAACCCAAUAUCGCAACAACAAUUUCCACACUUGACACUUUAUUGUGCCAAAGAGAAGCAAAGGAGAAAACUACACAAAUCAACAAAGAACAAAAAAUCAAUCAUUUUACCUCUGAUUCGAGGAAUAAAAAAGACAACUCACACCUCCCCGAUUUGCCGCCCAUCUUAGACGAUCGCCUGGAAAAGGCCGUCUUCACCCAUCCCGCUUGUGCCAACGAUUCCGAUGCAAAUUACGACCGACUGGAGAUACUGGGGGAUGCUUAUAUCGAGUUGAUAGCGACAAAGUUGGUCUGGAAAACAUUUCCCGGUCUUCCUUCGGGCAGAAUAUCCCAAAUUCGCGAGCUGCUGGUCAAAAACGAAACACUCGCGGCUUUCGCUGAUUCAUACGACUUCUCUCGCAGGGCGGUUGUGCCACAUAAUUUCGUCGACAAUCAGUUGAAGCUAUGGGUCAAGAUAAGAGGUGAUAUCUUCGAGGCUUAUGUGGCUGCAAUCAUACUUUCUGAUCCUGUCGGUGGGUAUGGCAAUGCAGAGCAAUGGCUGACUGGCUUAUGGACACCAAUGCUGGUCAAUCUGGGACCACAGAAGUCAAAGUUAAACUCAAAGGAUGAACUUUCUACGAAAGUCAUGGGCAAUGGCACCAAGCUCAAGUACAUUGAAGAAAAACCGUCAGUCCACCCAAAGGGUACCGGCCGUCAAACAUACUUCAUCGGAGUGUAUUUUACUGGCUGGGGGUGGGAAAAUCAGCACCUUGGCUCAGGUGAGGGUCUAAAGAAGAGUGCGGCUGGUGAUGAGGCUGCCAGGAAUGCUCUUGCGAACCCUCUGGUUUCAGAGAUUAAUUUAAAGAAAAAAUCAUCCCUCGGUAAUAAAUGA